UCUAUUUGUUUAUACUCUUGUAAAUUCCAGACUGCUUUCACACCUGGUUGUUUCCCAGGGAAACAUGUAUUAUCCUAUUAUCACGACGCUGCCAAUGUCGCCGAUGUGUGAGGCUGUAUUUACAUGACUAUAUACCAUCAGCUCCUGAAAGACUUCAUGGCUUUGUAGUCACUGUCUUUCCCACUGGGACACUGGUGCCAUUUCCCAAAUGUUUUAAACUACACAUGAAGCCUCACGGCGGCAUUCAGCACUGUAUUUCCGUAAUGUAGAGCUGUGAUUUAAAAACCAGGAACCCUGUGAAAUGCUCCUUGUGCUGUGUUCUUAUGGCCCCCUUCAAAUCCCCUAACAAAUUUUUUCCCGAUAUGAUAUAAUAGAGGUUUAUAUGUGUGAAGUAUUCAAGCGCAUUGCGCAUUAUAAUGCGUAUUUGUGUCCAGGCUUCAUUUAAAUACUCUCAAAUUCACGUAUGUCUUAAUAAAGCUGGAAUUAAAUGUUUAUUAUAGUUUUAUUUAGCAUAGUUCUAUUUGUAAUGUCAAUGCGGGGUGAUAUAUGCUGGUUUAAUUCGCUGGAUAUGCUUCAAUUGGUGGGAAAGGUAAGAGCCUGGGAACGACAGGUGAAUGAAUGAGGGGCUGUUUAACUGUCUGCGUCACGUCUUUGAAGUGCACUUAUGCACCGACGGUCCCUUAUUGUCUUUAGGACGUGGCAAUAGUCAAUGGCAAUAGUCGUCGUUGACGCAUUUUCACAGUGAACCGUUACCUGCACGGCAAAUAUGUCAAUCAAAGGGGCAUGACCAUAUAAAUAUCAUCAGCGAGGAGUCACAGGCAACAACUUCAGUUGCCUUCUUCUCUCUUGGCACUCACAUCAGGGAUACGAACAAACAGGCCUCCGUUUGGAAUAGCUGCCAUGGGACCUUUGAAUCUCCUUGCAGUCAUGGUGAUGUCCAUGUACUGUCACGUUCAGUUUGCAUCGGCUUGGACGGUGAAUAAUUUCCUCAUGACUGGACCUAAGGCUUUCCUCACCUAUGCCAGCAGUGUUCAAAUCGGCGCACAGAGUGGAAUACAAGAGUGCAAACACCAGUUUGCAUUGGAGAGGUGGAACUGCCCAGAGAACACGCUCCAGUUAUCCACAUACAACGGCAUUAGAAGUGCCACAAGGGAGACGUCUUUCGUCCACGCCAUCAGCGCGGCCGGAGUGAUGUACACGCUCACAAAGAACUGCAGUAUGGGAGACUUUGACAACUGCGGCUGUGAUGACUCCAGAAUCGGACAGACAGGUGGUAGAGGAUGGAUUUGGGGAGGCUGCAGUGACAAUGUGGCGUUCGGAGAAAAGAUCUCCAAACAGUUUGUGGAUGCGCUCGAAGGUGGGCAAGAUUCUCGCGCAGCAGUCAACCUGCACAACAACGAGGCAGGCAGACUGGCAAUCAAAGCUACCAUGAGGAGAGCUUGUAAGUGUCACGGAGUGUCUGGGAGCUGCAGCAUCCAAACCUGCUGGAUGCAGCUGGCCGACUUCAGAGAGGUGGGCAAUUACCUGAAGAUGAAGCACGAACACGCAAAGAAACUGGAGAUGGACAAGAAGCCUGCGAGGGUUGGAAACAGUGCAGACAACAGAGGAGCCAUCGCGCACACUUUUCGGAACAUCGCUCGCACGGAGCUCAUCUACCUGGAGGAUUCACCGGACUACUGCGUCAAGAACCAGAGCCUGGAAUACCAGGGCACAGAGGGGCGGGAGUGUCUGAAGGGUGACAAGAACAUGUCCCAGUGGGAGAGAAAGAGCUGCCGCAGGCUGUGCUAUGAAUGCGGCCUCAGAGUGGUGGAGAAGCGCAUCGAGGUUGUCAGCAGCUGCAACUGCAAAUUCCACUGGUGCUGCACAGUUAAGUGCGACAAAUGCACGCAAGUUGUUACCAAGUAUUUCUGUGCGCGUAAAGAAGGCGGGAGGAAACCACAGAAUAAAACGAAGCGCAGGCACCGCGCGCACCGACACUGAUCGUCCUCAUCACUGUUAAUUGAAUUCACCAUCAUGGACACCAUUAAGUGUUACUCUGAAUUACAAUAUGCAGUUUUUAUUAUGAACUAUUACAUCACCUUUAGCAGCCUCCAUUGCACUUUAUGUUACUGAUUUGAUCCUGAGGACCAAACUCUCCGCGCAUGCUCACUCAUUCAGGAG